GUCGGGUCAAGAAAAGGAUCUUUAGUUCGGGUUCUCCGUCGCGCAAUUUCGAAGACGAUUACUAGAGGACAAAACUCGAUCGUUGCUCCGAUCAAACCGGUUAAAGUACCCGAUUGGGUAUUCGGGUCGGAUAAAACCCGGAUCCAGAACCAGACUCAGCACCAGAACGAGAAUAAUCUCACUGUUAAUAGUAGCUUGAAUUUUAGUAGUGAAGGGAGUUUACUAGACGACGACGUUUCGUUAGAAAGCCAGAAUCUUCAAUGGGCACAAGGUAAAGCUGGCGAGGAUCGUGUGCAUGUGGUUGUAUCGGAAGAACAUGGAUGGCUCUUCGUUGGAAUCUACGAUGGAUUCAACGGUCCAGAUGCGCCUGAUUAUUUACUCUCUCAUUUAUAUCCA